CUCGACGUCGAGCCGGCAGCAACCACAAGCACUCCUGCGGAGGCCAGCUGGGGGAGCGCCGAGUCCGCGCCGUCCGCCCGGGCCCUCCGUGCGCAGCGACGCGCCGGACCCACCCCGGCGGGGUGAGGGAGGGACUGCCCGACCUGCUGCUAGCCCAGCCGAGCCGCUGUCGCCGCUGUCAACACAGCUGUCGGCGCGCUGUCGCUGUCGGGAGCCGCGGGCCGGGCCUUCACCAGGCCGGGCCCCAGCCUGUCAUCAGUGUCGACCGGUGUCGACCCACGCCGCCGCUGUGCCGCGCCGACCGGAGCCGGCGUAGAGAGACCUGCCCCGCCAUGGAUGCGGUCGACUUGGGCGCGCCGCAGACGAUGUUCAACCUGAGCCACAACGACACGCUCAACGGCACCGCGUACGACGAUGAGGAGUGCCACGACCCCAUCGAGUGCCCGGCCGUGCAGGCCUUCUUCUGCCUCCUGUACACGACCAUCUUUGUGCUGGGCGUGUUUGGCAACGUGCUCGUCUGCUACGUGGUGGGCCGCAACCGCGCCAUGCAGACCGUCACCAACUUCUUCAUCACCAACCUGGCGCUGUCCGACAUCCUGCUGUGCAUCCUCGCCGUGCCCUUCACCCCAUUGUACACGUUUGUGGGCAACUGGGUGUUCGGGCGCGUGCUCUGCCACCUGGUCGCCUACGCCCAGGGCACCAGCGUGUACAUCUCGACGCUCACGCUCACGUCCAUUGCCAUCGACCGUUACUUCGUCAUCAUCUACCCCUUUCAGCUGCGCGGCAAGCGGAAGGAUGCCUCCGCCUCCUCGCCGACCACCGAGGCAGUGUCGUGGACGGAUGGGCGCGGGAAUCUCGGAGACCUCGUCACCGCCACCUACUCCACCGAGGAUGGCUCCGUGGAGGUGCACCUGCCCCUGGAGGCGGUCGCCACGUCCCCCGCCCCUUGCACCGCCCCCGACCCCGCCGUCGCGCCCCCAGAGAGACCCCUCGUCAGCAUUUCGCCCGAGAACUCCCCGCUGAACCACGGGUCUGCCGGGACCGCGCCGGCCAGGGUGAUGUCCGGCACGGGGCUCAACAGCACGGGGAACGGGACCUCUGGCGUGCCGGUGGCGCCGGUGGACGGAACUGCCGCCCAUGGCCCGCUGCUGCUACUAACGGCCGGCACGGCCGGCCAGGGCAACACCACGGUGGCGUAGGCACCGCACAAGUACAAAUACAAACGUGAUCACCAGUGAUCACGUAUCUAUUUUUCCUGCUCAUUCAUUUUGCUGUGUCUGUGAGAUAGCAACAGGAAAAUGCUGGAAAAUUAAAGAACUUUUUGCUAGUUACAUAGUACUUCCGAUAGUAUCUUAGCUUUAAAAUGUGUGUAAAUGAGAACAUUAAUGUUUAUUACCAGAUUUAUCCCCCUCAACCCUUGUCAUAUGAUGAGAGUUUGCUUCGUGGUUCUUAUGUGGUUGUGCUCAAGUGUUGUUUGUAUAAUGCUAAACCGUGUGGAGUGUCAAACAAAUAAUGUAUAUUUUACUAGCAGCUCCAGUCUGACUUUGGUUGUGUUCUGAACUGUGCCCCAUACCAACCAAAAUCAGCUUGGACUUGUUAAUAAGACUUAUUUAUCUGUAAUUGAGUUAGCUGGUAGCUUACAAACCAACUCAGAUGAAAUAACAGUGAGCAAGCAUGUUAAAUAACUUGCUACAAGCUGCAUUAGUAAAUCAAACACUCAUAGCAUAAGCAUUCAAUUAGGAUAGUGUCUAUUAAAGGUAUUAAAAAUCUU